CCACUUUAUCUGCUCUCCUCUCUCGCCUUUCCUCAUUGCGACCUGAGCGCAGUGCCAUGCGCGCCGGUGCGUCUCCUCCUCGUGCCAACCGGAGCCUCAGACCCCGGCGAGAUGCGGGAACUAUAACGGGAGCUCAUAUGUUUGGAGGUUCUCCACUGGAUUGUUGGUAAAUGUUCCUGCCCCACUCUCUGACGACCAUGCUUUAUUUCCAGCUGGUGAUCAUGGCGGGCACGGUCAUGCUGGCAUAUUACUUCGAGUACACGGACACGUUCAACGUGCACGUGCAGGGCUUCUUCUGCUACGAGACCGCGUACACGAAACCCUACCUCGGACCCGAGGACACGAGCGCCAUCCCGCCCGCCCUGCUGUACGCGGUGGUCACCGGUGUCCCCACACUGAUGAUCACCGUGACAGAAACGGUGUUGUUCUUGAUACAGUACACGUCCAAAGAUCUUGACAGUCGAGAGAAGACCAUGGUGACUGGGGACUGCUGUUACCUCAAUCCAUUAGUGCGGAGAACUUUUCGUUUCCUUGGUGUAUACUUGUUUGGCCUGUUCACCACAGACAUCUUUGUGAACGCCGGUCAGGUGGUAACGGGGAAUUUGGCUCCUCAUUUUCUGACUGUGUGCAAACCCAACUUCACAGCUCUGGGUUGUCAGCAAGCUCUCCGCUAUAUCAGCCAUCAGGAAGCCUGCACUGGCAAUGAGGACGACAUCCUGCGUGCCCGCAAGACCUUCCCUUCUAAAGAGGCCGCGCUCAGUGUUUACGCUGCCGUCUAUAUGGCUAUGUACAUCACAUUUACAGUGAAAGCCAAAGGAACUCGUCUGGCUAAACCAGUCAUGUCUUUGGGCCUGAUGUGUCUGGCCUUCCUAACAGGUAUAAACAGGGUGGCGGAGUAUCGAAACCACUGGUCUGAUGUCAUCGCCGGGUUUAUCAUCGGUGUGGCCAUCGCCACCUUUCUAGUGGUGUGUGUGGUCCAUAACUUCAAAGGCAAACAGCUUCUGGAUGAUGAUCAUUCACAGGACAACCUAAGCAGCAAUCCGAUGGUCAGCUCGCCGAGAAUGGAGAGUCCGCUGGAGAAAUACAUCGCCUCGCAGAAUCACAUCGCCUUCGCUGAGAUCACGUGACCUCGAAUCAGCCGUAUGGCAAACACACUGGACAUCCACGCUGUUCACAGUCCAGACCCGAUAACCACAACUAAAUGCUAAAUGCAUAUCCUCCAUGGUGUCCUUUCCAAUGGCUCUGCCCUCGCUGUGUGUGUGUGUGCGUGGAAACACUGUCAACUAUUAACUGUUCUCAUCACACAGAUAAAGACUGAAAAUUACACUUCACGUUUUCCUGACCGCUUCUGUUGGCUUUCUUGCAGAUGGAGCUCAAAUUCUGAGCUCAGAAAAUCUCGGCUGCUUACGUUUAUGGAGUGUGUGUGUGUGUGUGUGUGCGUGUGUGUAUGAAAGCUUUAUGAUGACAUUAAUGCAAAUACCUACCUAUGGAAUUCAAAAUGGACAUGUGUUGUCGUGGAUAUGUGUGUUUUUCGUUGUCAGCGAUAUUCCAGAAUAUGUUUAUGGCUGAAUUUGUUUGUGUUCUAGUGCUUGCGUUGGAUGAGUGCAAACAUGCUGAAGCCUGAUUCUGCCUCAGAGGAUUAAAAAUAAGGUAGUUUUGAUUCCAUUUAUUCAGAACUGUAAUACUGUGUUUUAUAAAUUAAGUCUUAUGUUUAUAUCCCGAUUGCAGUUUUAUUUAUUUCAUUUGAGCAUAAUGGGCAGUAUUAUUUCAGUAUCUCAAAAUAUAUACACUACCUGAUAAAAGUCUUGUCAUCGAUUCCAGUUGUAAGAGCAACAAAUAAUAAGUUGACUUUUAGUUGAUCAUUUGGAAAAGUGGCAGAAGGUAGAUUUUUCUGAUGAAUCAUCUGUUGAACUGAAUCAUCACAAAUACUGCAGAAGACCUACUGGAACCCGCAUGAAGGUCAACUUUGGUGAAGGAAAAAUCAUGGUUUGGGGUUUCAUUCAGUAUGGGGGCAUGCGAGAGAUCAUGCUCAUUACAUUACAAACCACAUGAGAGGGCAAAUUCUUCAGCAGGAUAGCGCUCCUUCUCACAUCUCAGUCUCCACAUCAAAGUUCCUGAAAGCAAAGAAGGUCAAGGUGCUCCAGGAUUGGCCAGCCCCGUGACCAGACAUGAACAUUAUUGAGCAUGUCUGGCGUAAGAUGAAGGAGGUGCAUUGAAGAUGAAUCCAAAGAAUCGUGAUGAACUCUGGGAGUCCUGCAAGAACGCUUUCUUUGCCAUUCCAGAUGACCUUAUUUAUAAGUUAUUUGAGUCAUUGCAGAAAUGUGUGGAUGCAGUCCUCCAGGCUAAUGGGAGUCAUACACAAGUCAAGGCAUGAUCAUAUUUUAUUAUGGUAAAAUAAGCGUAAUCUAGAGGCUUUUGCCUUUCAUAUAAGCCACUUCUGAUACCAAAUGUUCAACUAUUAAUCACGUUAUUAUUUGUUGUUCCUAAAACUUGGAUAGGCACAAGACUUUUGUCAGGUAGUGUAUAUUUUAUGCAAAAAGUGACUAUAUAAUUGUGAUUUUAUAACUCACAGUUUGACUUUCUUGAUUGCAAAUGAAUAUCUGACAGUAUUGACUUUAUUUGUCACUUUGCUUGUGACUUUAUAUCGUACAACAGCACAUUUAUUUCUCAUAAUUGUGAUUUAAUAACUCAUAAUUGAGUCGGUUUCUCUGCAAUUGUACUUGCAAUGCAACUUUAUUUUUCAAA